CACGUCUCAAACCUUGGAUGCUUUUGCUAUUUGCUAAGACAAGACUGAUACCAAGGGUUCAGCUACGAGCCAUUCACGGCGACGUGACAACAGGGCUUCGAUUGGCUCACGUUCAUCCAACACAAACAAGGAUUUCUUUUUUGCAACGUCGUCGUCAGCUUGCUUUCUCGAGCCUCUUUCGGCGCUCGUGCCACCCAACGGUCUCAGAAGCAGUGUCGGGCAUCACUCGUUGGGUUUGGAUUUUCUUUUAGCCGCCGACACUUUGUACGCCGGAUCCUAUCAGCCCAAAGCUUUGCCGCCUCAUUCCCCGACCGAUGAACAAUGUCCGGAGCCGUGACGGAAACCUCUCCCCUGCUACCGACGGUGUCGGAGCCGACCAAUACCCCGGAAUUCCCUCGUCCCAAUUCCAAGCGAACCGUCACGUUCAAUCCGAACCCUGUCACGCGAACCAUCGAGCCUGAACGACAACCUAUCCGCCGCCGCAUUUCCACAAACAUCGAUGUCGCUCGCGCAUCUGGGCAGAGGUCGCCUGGCGGCUCAGGCCCGCCCACACCCACGAGCUCAAUAAGUACUGGCAGUCUCGCCGGCGCUCCGCCAAUGCUUGUCGCACUCAAUUCUAAACUGCGCCGCCGCAACUCUCACGGGGGUACCCAAGGUUCCAUGCCGGGGUCAAACAACCUACUACCAGCCCCGGGUGGAGCAGGUCUCGUCGCGGGGGCUGGCCACCUGCCCAAGAUUGGGCCUCAACGUAGCACCAAGAAGGCGCAGAAGCUCAAGCUGCUUCCCACGCCCGAAGUCGCCGACGAUGGUGACGAUGACCAGGAUGAGGAGAGUGGACGUGAGGUCUACAGCCAGUACACGCGUAUCAAGGAUCCAAAUGCCCGACGAGACGCCGCCAGGUUGGGAAAGGCCGAUCGCGACCGUCUGCCGCGCGUCACGGCCUAUUGCACCGCCAACAGGUACCAGAUGGAUGGGUUGAUGCACUGGCUAAAAGGGAGCAGGAGUAGAGCAAAGGGAGCAAACCCCAAGCUCGUAGACGAGUGCAUAUAUACGCCGUACCAGUACCGAGAUACGCCGCCGCCGCCUCCGGGGCGUGGCGCCAGAAUUCGCAGGGUUGCCAGUGCUCAGAAUGCUGCCGAUGCUGCAGAGGAUGCCGCGAGGGCUUCUACCAACGCUGGUGGCAUCAUGAGAUCCGAAUCAACCAGUGAAUCACCCGAACCGACUUCUACACAACAGAGGCGGCACUCGACGGGCGAUGUCGAGGCCACACCACCCCGAUUCAGCCAGGACUUGAUAGAUCUAGACCCAGAGCCUAUCUCCGAUGUACAAGAUGGACGACAUGAGGCACGCAUAGAGAACCUCGGAGAAGGAGACCACUCAGAAAUACCAAGCAGCCCACAAGAACGUGAUCACGAUCAUGGCCACGACCAUGGCCACGACCAUGACCAAUCUCCCAGCUCGGCAGACCAUCGGGAUGAAAUGAUCAGCACUCACCAUGAGCCCAUCAACGAGCGACCUGCAGAUUUUGAUAUCGAGGUACACACACCAGAAGUCUUCCUCUUCGACUACGGCGUGGUAGUGAUUUGGGGCAUGACGAUGGCACAGGAGCGAAGGUUUCUAAAAGAAAUCGCCAAAUUCGAGACUGAGAAACUGGCGACCGAGGAGGUCGAGACUGAGCACUUUAACUUUUACUACACCCGCGAGUAUCAGCCCAGGAUAUACAACGACUUUAUCACUCUCCGUGACAAGCACAACUACAUGACCAAGCUGGCCAUUUCACAUGCGCUGGCACAAAGUGUCAAGACUUCUCUUUUCGAGGAGCUCAUCGCUUCCACCGUCGAUACGUGCAAAGACAUUCCGACGCAGAUUGCCCUAACGGGCAAGAUCAAUCUUAGCAGGACACAGAUCAACAUGCAGAUCGGUGAGCUUUUUAUUCUUAGGAUCAGCAUUCACCUCAACGGCUCCGUCCUCGACACCCCAGAGCUUUUCUGGGUCGAACCUCAACUCGAGCCGCUGUACGCCGCUGUCAGGUCCUACCUCGAAAUGGACCAGCGUGUUGGCCUGCUAAACGAACGAUUGGACGUCAUCGCGGACUUGCUUGCCGUGCUCAAAGAUCAACUGAGUCAUGGUCAUGGUGAAAAACUCGAGUGGAUUGUUAUUGUACUGAUUGCAGCUGAAAUCCUCGUUGCUGCUGUUAACAUAGUUGUAGAUUUAUAUGCGGGCGUCGACUAGACCUGCUUGGGAUGGAAUAUCAUCAGGGCGUCCGGUCUUCUUUGUGAACAUUUUCUUUCGGUCUCUUGUCUUAUUGGUUUCUUGUUUCCUUGCGUCUCGUCUCGUCUGUUUUUUUUUCCUUUUGAAUGUUCUCGUCUUUGAAACUGGCGUUUGGGGUCGGAGUUUCUCCUUUGCGUCCAAAUCAUCAACAGCGGUUUACAUGGUCUCAUCGAAGGCUUCAUUUUUACUCACUAUUCACCUUUCUGGGAAUCAUACACAUUGAAAGUACCAGGGCUUGUCUGCGAAGGAUUGGAAUCCGAGGGCUGAAGAAAAUCAAGGGGAUAACAAAAUGAUACAAGCAAGGAUUGCGUCUCGGGGUUCUUCCUUGCCAUCUUAGUGAAGCAUGGGCACUUGUCUAUACAAAUGGCAAAUAUCAUGCAAUGAGAUAUUCUCAAUAAAUAGCACAUCUCAAAUAAUCUAAUAGCCCAUAGAUCGUUGCUGGACUUUUUUUUUUUUUUUUUUUUUUUUUCACGGUCAUCACCC